CUCUCACUACUCUCACUUUUGUAUUUACGGUAGUUUGGGUGAAUUAUCUCUAAUUAGCUGAGCUCAGUGGAGGAAGAUGCCGGUGCGCAAAGGGACUCUCCGACCCUCUCCGCUCAGAGAAGGACCUGGAUUUGGAGCUCCAGAGGUUUUGCCUGCGUAGCGCAUCGUGGAAGUUGUUGCAUCUGCACGAUUCUCUGCUCUAACCCCGUCGGGUACAAUCCUCAUAGAUGGUAUUUCUGUGCGCAAUUUCAUGGCUUUGGUUCACUGAGGACCAUCCGAAGUGCAGACAUGGCAGUGUCAAAUAUGCUGUUCUCUGACGUAGAAAGUUUUCUGGACAAGCAUCCCGACCUGUUCGAGGACUAUCUGAACAGGAAGGGCAACUACAGCAUGGUGGAGAAAUGGCUCAAGAACCACCAGGCGAGUAAAGGUCCGGCGGCCGCGGCGCCCGCCGCCGAGCCCCGGGAGGAGAAGGGCAAAGCGUGCAAAGACAGCUGGGCGAGCAAGUGCGACGGUCUGCAGCGGAGAGCGUCUCAGAAGGAGCUGCGCAAAACUUUCGCCAGGUCUAAGGCCAUCAACGUGAACAGGACUUACGACGAGCAUGUGAACUCCAGGGCGCAGGAGCCGCUGACCAGCAUGAGGAGGAGAGCUUUGCUGAGGAAGGCGAGCUCACUGCCUCCGACCACCGCGCACAUCCUGAGCGCGCUGCUGGAGUCCAGAGUCAACAUCCCCCAGUACCCAUCCACGGCCGUGGAUUUUAAGUAUUAUCUGAAAGAACACAGCGAAAGGGAGUUCUUCCUUGAGCUCGUGAAAGACAUAUCCAACGACCUGGACCUGACCAGUCUCAGCUACAAAAUCCUGGUGUUUGUUUGUAUCAUGGUGGAUGCAGACCGGUGCUCCUUGUUUUUGGUGGAAGGAACUGGCAACAAGAAAACACUGGUGUCGAAAUUUUUUGACGUGCACGCGGGCACCACAGUUUUACCCUCGAUGAACUCGGAUGAAGUUCAGGUGCCGUGGGGGAAAGGGAUCAUUGGUUACGUGGCUGAACAUGGAGAGACGGUGAACAUCCCCGACGCCUAUCAGGAUCGCAGAUUCAGCGACGAAAUUGACAAAUUGACAGGCUAUAAAACCAAAUCCCUCUUGUGCAUGCCUAUCCGCAACAGCGAUGGUGAGAUCAUUGGAGUUGCUCAGGCCAUCAACAAGACUUCAAGUGGGGAACUUUUCACUGAAGAUGAUGAGAAGGUUCUGCAGAUGUACCUCCCCUUCUGUGGUAUUGCAAUCUCCAAUGCUCAACUCUUUGCUGCCUCCAGAAAGGAGUACGACCGGAGUCGGGCACUACUAGAAGUGGUCAAUGACUUGUUUGAGGAACAGACUGACCUGGAAAAGAUCGUCAGGAAGAUCAUGCACCGCGCUCAGACUCUGCUAAAGUGUGAGCGCUGCUCCGUCCAGCUGCUGGAGGACAUUGAGUCACCGGUGGUCAAGUUCACUAAGUCGUUUGAGCUACUGUCUCCAAAAUGCAGCGCAGAUACUGAAACCAGUUUCAAAGACAGUAUGGAAAAAUCGUCCUACUCAGACUGGCUCAUCAACAACAGCAUUGCAGAGCUGGUUGCAUCAACAGGACUUCCUGUGAACAUUAGCGACGCCUACCAGGAUCCUCGCUUCGACGCUGAGGCAGACCAGUUCUCUGACUUUCACAUCCGCUCUGUGCUCUGCGUUCCCAUAUGGAACAGCAACCACCAAAUUAUUGGUGUCGCUCAAGUGCUGAACAGGCUGGACGGGAAACCAUUUGACGAUGCGGACCAGCGUCUCUUUGAGGCCUUUGUGAUAUUUUGUGGCUUGGGCAUCAACAACACGAUCAUGUAUGACCAGGUGAAGAAGUCUUGGGCCAAGCAGUCAGUGGCUUUAGAUGUUCUGUCUUACCACGCCACUUGCUCCAAGACUGAAGUGGAUAAAUUUAAGGCUGCUAACAUUCCCCUGGUCUGCGAGCUGGGCAUUGAUAAGCUCUCCUUUGAUGAUUUCUCCUUGGAUGUCGACGCGAUGAUAACAGCUGCUCUGCGGAUGUUCAUCGAGCUGGGAAUGGUGCAGAAGUUUAAGAUCGACUACGAGACACUGUGCAGAUGGCUGCUGACUGUCAGAAAAAACUACAGAAUGGUCCUCUACCACAACUGGAGACAUGCAUUCAACGUUUGCCAGUGCAUGUUUGCCAUGCUAACGACGGCGGGUUUCCAGGAGACGCUGACUGAGCUGGAGAUCUUUGCUCUUAUUGUGGGUUGUGUGUGCCACGACCUGGACCACAGGGGCACCAACAAUGCUUUUCAGGCCAAGACGGGUUCUGCCCUCUCUUUGCUUUAUGGGACCUCUGCUACGCUGGAACACCACCACUUUAACCACGCUGUUAUGAUCCUGCAGAGCGAGGGUCACAACAUUUUCUCCAACCUCUCCUCCACGGAGUACAGCGACCUCAUGCAGCUGCUCAAACAGUCCAUCCUGGCCACAGACCUCACGCUUUACUUUGAGAAAAGAAACACGUUCUUUGAACUGGUCAGCAAAGGGGAGUACAACUGGAAUGUUAAGGCUCACAGAGACAUGUGCAGGUCUAUGAUGAUGACAGCCUGCGAUCUUGGAGCUGUCACGAAGCCAUGGGAAAUAUCACACAAGGUUGCAGAGUUGGUGACGAGUGAAUUCUUUGAGCAGGGAGACCGAGAACGACUGGAGCUAAAGCUCACGCCCUCUGCCAUCUUUGACCGUAACAGGAAGGAUGAGCUUCCUGGGCUGCAGCUGGAGUGGAUUGAUGGAAUCUGCUCGCCUCUGUACGAGACUCUUGUCAAGUUGAAUCCCAAACUUCAGCCAAUGGUUGAUAUGAUUCGAGCAAACAGGGCCAAUUGGGAGGACCUGAACAAGAAGAGACAAAGUGGCCAGAGUGUUUCCGCCCAUGCCAGCCCCUACAAUGACGAUGCCACGGAAACCAAAGCCUGCCCAGCGGACAAAGCCGGCAGCACGCCCUGCUGCUGCGGCGACUCUGAAAGCACACCAUCCAAGACGGCCAGUUAGCUUCUGCUGAAGAGCUGAAACGUCCCUGGCCUUUUUUAAUUCUCCAGAAUGCAGCCUGCAGCAGAGGCAGUGCAUGCAGAGGUUCUUGGGCUCUGCUCCUCUUCGCUUUUGCAACCAGAGAUGAGCUGUAACACUCGGGAGUGUGACUCGAUCCCUUCAGAUUUUCUGCUGAAGGCUGACAUAGCCGCAUUUGGCCGGCUCAUCAGAGCGACUGAAGAUCAGAUGAUGACACCUCGUCAGGGAGGAGAGGAAAAUCAAACACUGUGUUGCUCUGACUUUCUGGCAAAAGACACGAAGAGUGUUGUUUGUCUCUGUUGUGUUUUAUUUUUGCUCUUGGUAUCUCUGUGUUGCUCGCAUUUGUCCAGAGGUUGAAGAAUCUUUUUUUGUAAAUCUGUAAAUAAGCUUUUGAGUUGUUUGAAACUUUAUGCAUUGGACUGUGGUUGUAGAGCCUCUUCUGAAGGAUGAAGAGGUGUAGAAACAGUAGGACCUGUGGCUUGCAAUGCAAAUUGAAUUAUGUGCUCCCUCCCUUCCUGUGCCUUGUUUCCAGAUCCUACUGAAAAAUGCAUGGCCUCUGUGUGAGGUUCUCACAUUAUGGAAAUUCUUGUUGAACUGUGCUGAAUUUCUACCACAAUUUGUAAAACCAACGAUUGCAGCUAUGUCUUGACCCCUUAGUUUGCCGCAAAGAAUUAUUAAUAACUGACAAAUUGAAAUAUAUUUUGGCUCAGUUUUAUACAUACCUCUCUUGUCACACAAAUAUACACAAUGUGCCUUGAGAAAAGUUGCUCUCAUAUCACAUGAAUUUCUGCAGGGCGAAACUUCAGCUCUGAUGAUUCAGUACUGACAGCUGGAACACAAAAUGUCACAUUUUAUUUCAAAAGCCAUGGUUAGAUAUUUUCAGGGUACCUCUUUUUUUUCUUUUUCUUUUUUUUUUUUACCUUUUGCACCAAUGGUAGAAGCUCAUUCCACUGUUAUGAUUAUCAGGAAUAUAAAAGGCUGCAGUGAGCAACAAAAACUUAAAAUGUCCUAAAAACACUUAACUUUGUCAAAGGGAAACAUAAUCAACUCGAUUCCUGCAGAAUUAUUCUUACUGAUCAAUUAAAGUGAAACAGGCUUUAGAAAAAAUGAUACGUCUGCAAAGAACAUCUCUAGUGGUCAUCUAUAGUCUUCCACCUAUUCAAGACUGCUGCUUAGAGUCUACAUGCAGAAGAAAUAUCCAAUGAAACUCUCCAGUGCAUUGGCAUUCCCAGGCCAGAAGGGACAUAAGGUUCCUCCAGGCUCUAGUAAACCUCAAAAAAGAUCCUGGAAGCCAGUAGAUACGAUCUGUGGCCAAUAGCUCUAAUCUAAGGCUGAGUCUAUGAUACCAGGAAGGAGACAGGUUCUAUGUCUCCUUCUGACUUCGUAACGAUUCUGUAAUAGUGCUUUUAGUAAACAAGUCUUGUACUUACAUGAACUAAAAUGUCAAUCAACGAGGAAGAAGCCAUAUCUCCAAAACAAUGAUAAAAAGCCAGUUUACAUUCGAAAAAUGCACUCAAGGACAAAAACAUUUUUUUGGACACAUCCCUUAUUAUUGCAUUUAGCAAAAAGAAAUAAUUUGUAACCUAAACCAGGACAUGGAAAUAUCUAGUCUUAUCUCAAUCUGCUCUUUUCUGAAACACAAUGCAUUUUUUCUUUGCAGAAAUGCUAUAGCAACACAUACUACUAGAGUAUGUCUUAAACCAGCACUGGAUUACAUAAAGCAAAACAACAAACAAUUUCCUAUUGUGUAGAUCUUUGUUUGCCUUUUGUGCCCCAUUUGAUGUUUUCUCAGGUGUAGGUGCCAUAAAUUUGACUUAACAUUUAGGAAAAUUCAACAUUCUGGUUAAUUGUUAAGCUAUUCCUCACAUUACAAUGUGCCAGUUUUAUACUAGCUGAGAGUCAGACUGAGCUUCUAUGCACAAUCUUACAAAUGUUGAGAUUGCACAUAAGAAGUCUGCAGAAGUAUGAAGCAUUUUAGGUUUGUGUAGAAUCAUCAAAAGAGACCAGGUGGAGUGAUUGGAAAACUUUGUUAGGUUUUCUGUUCAUAAACCAUUAAAGUGAAACGAAUCACCCUUUUGAUGUAAUCUGCACAUCAAAAGUCAGAUGGAUAUAUAUUGGAGUCCCACACAGUAUGUGAAAUCUGGAAUAUUUUUCCAAAUCAGCAAAAGUCCGGAAAAUAAGCAACAUAUUGUAUUUCUUGACAUGAUUCCACAUCUCAUUUCCUUGAUGUUAUGUCCUUCCUUUCUUUUUAAAUUUCCUCUUUUCAUUUCUUCCCUGUUCUUUCUUUUUCUUAUGAUUGAUUUUGUAUAUCAACCCUCCCCCCUUUUUCAUCUUUCUGUGUUUACUUCUUUUUGUCUUUUUUCCUACUUUUCUUUCUCCCCACUUUGUUUCUUUCUUUUAUUCAUAUCUUUCUUUUUUCUUUUGCUUCCUUUCAUUUUAUUUUUACUUUCUUCCUUUCUCUGUCUUCCUUCUUUUAUCAUUUCUUGUCUCCUAUCUUCUUAUCUUCCCUGUAUCCUUUCUUCUGUUUUUCAGGCUUGAGUUUAUGAAAUUUUUGAAAGCAUUUUUGUUUUUCAUGCAGACCACCAUCUGAAGGCACCAUGAGGUCACUGGGUGUUUUAGUCAAGCACAGAUCUGCUUAAAGCACAGCUUCCAUGGAGUCAGGCCGUCAACAGCCUGACUCUGAGUAAAUCCAUUUGUUUCAUUUUUAAAACUGUAGAAAGCCUGAGUCUUUAUUUUCUUUCAUUUCUAAGCUUUGCUCAGAGCCUACAUAUCCAACCAUUUGUUUUCCUUCCUGCAGAAGACUGACACACGAAAACUGGAGUGCCCAUCUAAUAUCAAAGCUUUCCUUUUGGUAUUGUUCGAACUGCAUUAUUUCUGAGUAUGGGUAUGCCUUAUGAGUCAUGUUGUAGCUUUGUGGGCUGGCGUUUCUAAUGUGACUGUGCACAUUGUGAGGCAUGGAUCUCCUGUGUUUUAUUUGAAGAGCUCAACAGAAAACGACCAGAAUCGCAUGUUUAAUGCAGUCUCGACUCAACCAAUUUGCUGAGGAUGUAGCAAACAAAGUGAGCCGACAAAUACCUCGUAUUUUGACUAGCACACACCUUAUCUCAUCAGACAUGCAUGACUUAAAUUCUCCUGCAUUAUGCUGCGUGAGUUACAUAUGAAUAAUGCUCUUCUAUUUUUCUAUUAGGGCUCCACACGUGGACAAACUUUCCUCUUCCUUUUUCCUCUUGUAUUUCUCUCCUGGUUUGGAUUUUUGACUUAUUAAAGACGGGCUAAUCUGAAGGAAAGCCAGAGCAUGAAAAAGGCAAAUGUACUUCUGUUUCUGUUCAGAAUUUGAAUAAAGAAAAAAAAAAGAAAUCUC